AUGCUGGUGUAGAGCUGUCGCAAUGAGAACUGGAUAUAGACAAUCUGUCAGUGAAUCUAAAAGUGAAUUUAACUAGUGAAUUGAACAGUGUAUUUAAUAGUAUAUUUAACAGUGAAUUAAACAGUGAAUUUAACUUGUGACUUUGACAGUGAAUUUAAAUUGGGAAUUUAAUCGGGAAUUUAACAGGGAACUUAACAGUGAAUAUAACGGGGAAUUUAACUUGUGAAUUUAACAGUGAUUUAACUUCUGAAUUCGACAGUGAAUUUGAAUUGGGAAUUUAAUAGUGAAUUUAACAGUGAAUUUAAUAGUGAAUUUAACUUGUGAAUUUAUCAAUGAAUUUUAAUUGGGAAUUUAUUAGUGGAUUUAACAGGGAAUUUAACAGUGAAUUUAACAGUGAAUUUAACUUGUGAAUUUGACAGUGAAUCUGAAUUGGGAAUUUAGUAGUGAAUUUAACAGGGAAUUUAACUUGUGAAUUUGACAAUGAAUUUGAAUUGGGAUUUUAAUAGUGAAUUUAACAGUGAAUUUAACAGUGAAUUUAAUUUGUGAAUUUAAAUUGGGAUUUUAAUAGUGAAUUUAACAGUGAAUUUAACGGCGAAUAUAACAGUGAAUUUAACUUGUCGAGUCGGCGAUGGUGAGGUAAGAGUCACAAAAAUUAUUGACAUUUCACAAUCGUAUCCUUGAAAAUGCCGUGCCGUAAAAGUUUGGGCAGUGUAAGGACGAAAUUUUCUGAAGAUUUUAACUUAAUAAAACUACUGGUAGAAGAGUAUAGCAAAGUUCCAGUGGUUUUAUCAAAUCUGAUAACUUUUACCGGACAGUCAGGUCACAGGCGGUAAGAGACGACCGGGCGAUUAAAAAAAAAAGCUUUUAAUUUUAAAAAAUAAUACUAUGAGAAAAAAUAUCAGCUUUUAUUUGCGGUUAGAGUGGUUUGGGGGGGGGGGCAUUAAUGGAAAGGUUUAUUAAAGGGGAAGGGGAAUUUUUUUUUUAAUGUUUGCCCAUUAAAAAAUAAUACUAUGAGAAAAAAUAUCAGCUUUUAUUUGCGGUUAGAGUGGUUUGGGGGGGGGGGGUCAUAAAUGAAAAGUCUAAUCAAGGGGUACGAGUAAUUUUUUUUUAAAGUUUGCCCCCACUAUUGCUAGUCAAUUUAUAUCAUAAUGCCAAUAUAUACGGUUAAUGUUGAGUCUACAGCAGAGCCCAUAUUUGUAAGAAUGUGUGUUAACAAAAGCAACGCAUUAUGAUCAGGUGGUGGGAGAGGAGAGGGGGGGAGGGAGGGGCUCGGAGGUUAUGAUCAGGCCUCAACACAUUAUGUUACACACAGACGCAAAGCAAAUACUUUGACGUAGCGGUAAUCGAAUGACGAGGUUAAAUUGAACACAAGUCAAACACUAAGCAAUCUUCAUGGCAUCAGGACAUUUCAGUAUUGAAUUUGAUAUUCAAGAGAAAGCAGCUGUUUUGGAGUGCGAGAAUGGGUUGGAGAUCUAAUAUUUUAUUAAAAUACUAGAAAUAACCAGCCAAACGAUGGAGACAGCAAUUUCUUGAACUAUCUAUCCACUAAAGUUAAUUGACCAACCAUUCUUUCAAAUAACGCACUUUAUACGAAACCCAAUUCGUGCCAACUUCUGGGAGUUUUAAUUUGCGCACCUAAUGACAACGCAGUGUUACAGCCGUACAUACAGAUUUAGAGAAUUAUUUUGUGUCAUGUUGUUGUCCUGAAAUCGAUCAUUCAAUUCAAGGGGCGCUAUGCACACUCCACAGGACAGACGCGCAAAAACCCGGAAGGGUGAACACCCUGCUGAUAGCCGGCCUUGUCGUUGACGUCAUAGGAUGUGUCCUGCACAUCGUUGGGAUGGCGAUGCCUGAUUGGUCAGUGUGGGAGACAACAUCCUUGGGAGCAUUCAUCGCCUGCUACAUUAACGUGGGAUGUAGUUCGUACUCUGAUAAAACUCGUAAGUUUCGCUGCUUCUUUUAUGUUAUGGUAAACUACUUUUGAAUAACAGUUAGGUUAUCAAAUAAAACAAUGCGAAUGAGAUGGAAAGUGGAUAAGGAGAACAUUUCUGAAGAUUGGAAGCAGGAUUUUCUUCAACACCACAGAAAUCUUAAUAUUAUUCGAAAACGAUUUUGAGCAAGAAAACGUGUGCAUUUUAUUAAAAUUGUUUAUUUAGUUUUUUUUAUGGCUUUUUAACAUUUUUUUAUUUUUUUAAGUGGGUGAGGUUAUUUGGGUUAAAGAGUUGAGCUUAUAACUGUAGAAAUCCCAAUAUACUGUAAAAAGAUAUUCAAUAAACAGUGUUAUUUUACUGGUUUAAAAAGUCUUUGUUUUAAUGAUCAACAGUGACAAAGAAAGGAGAGGACCAGCGAGAAAAUAUAUUAUUAUUAUUAGACCAACAUUACCUUGGACUUGUUAAAUAUAUACAGUGAUUUACCUUGAACUUGGUAAAUAUAUACAAUGAGUUACCUUGAACUUGGUAAAUAUAUACAGUGCUUUAAAUUGGACUUGGUAAAUAUAAUAAUAUACAGUGAUUUAAAUUGUACUUGGUAAAUUAUAUAUACAGUGAUUUAUCCACUAUAAAAGAGAGAGUGGGCAUCAAACAUGGUGAAAGAAGGAAUAGUCUUUUGAAAUGUCUCUGUCAGCUCAUAUCCUUUCCGUAAUGACGUAACAUGUCAAGUUCAAGUCUCAUGGCUUCGGCGACCAUGCUUGAAAAUGUGAUGAGACAAACUUAAAGAUAGCUGCAGCUGGAAACAUAUGAUUGUUUCACAAUAAAUGUGUCCUGUAUUAAAACCAACUCAAAAUUGAUAAAGUAUUUCUCUCUCUUUUCAGGUGACAUCGAAGCCUUACAAGCCAUGCUGAUCCUAGGAAUCAUCUGUGGCGUGUGUGCCGCGUGCCUAGAAGCUAUUCACACGAUAUUUCGUUUGAGACAGAUUAAAGUCUUGUCUCUGAUAGCGGGAAUUCUGUCUAUAUUUGCAUGUGAGUUGCUCUGAAAGUUAUAAAAUGGGGAAUUCAUUACAAUAAUGCAUUAUAGGAUUUUUAAAAAUAUUUGAGAGUGUUUAGGGAGAAAGAGGUUAGGGUUUUGAUAGGGGGGGGGGGUGCUGGGGGUUUUAGCAUUAUUAUUCUAAAUAAAAUCAGAGGCGUUCAUUUAUUCUAGCACACACGAUUAGCUGUAGUGUGGGUCUGACGUUGCAGAACACAUUAUUCAAACUCAAAGUUCAAUCAGUAGAUGAUCAGCAGUGCGUGUCUUGUGUGUUUCACUGUGCGCUUUCGUGCCACGUCGCAGGAGUUGUCAAAAUGUUCAUCAUGUCAAUGUCAUACCGCCUACGGGUCUCCAUCUCCGGGUUUCAUUUCAGUGUUUUCCUUCUCUUAGAGGAGUUACCAUCCAAGGUUAACGGGUCCCAUCCAGUUGGGGCGACGGUAAUGCUCUUACAUGUCUAGGCCAGUUGAUCGACUACCUACACUCAGCACAGAUUGGGGCAACACUACGCAGGCUUAUAAAUUACAAAGGUUCUCAAACUAAGCGUUACUUCUGUUCACCACGGACACCCCACUUUCUAAUUAACUAAAGCUAUUUAAGUACACGAGAUCGAUGUUGACAUCAGAAGACAAAAACGACUGGAAACUGCGGAAACAUCCCUGCGUGUCAACUCAGUGAACAUCCCUGCGUGUCAACUCAGUGAACAUCCCUGCGUGUCAACUCAGUGAACAUCCCUGCGUGUCAACUCAGUGAACAUACCUGCAUAUUAACUCAUUGAACAUCCCUGCGUGUCAACUCAGUGAGCAUCCCUGCCUGUUAACUCAGUGAACAUCCCUGCCUGUUAACUCAUUGAACAUCCCUGCCUGUUAAAUCAUUGAACAUCCCUGCCUGUUAACACAUUAACAUCCCUGCGUGUCAACUCAGUGAACAUCCCUGCGUGUCAACUCAGUGAACAUCUCUGCGUGUCAACUCAGUGAACAUACCUGCAUGUUAACUCAUUGAACAUCCCUGCGUGUCAACUCAGUGAGCAUCCCUGCCUGUUAACUCAUUGAACAUCCCUGCGUGUCAACUCAGUGAACAUCCCUGCGUGUCAACUCAGUGAGCAUCCCUGCCUGUUAACUCAUUGAACAUCCCUGCGUGUCAACUCAGUGAGCAUCCCUGCCUGUUAACUCAGUGAACAUCCCUGCGUGUCAACUCAAUGAACAUCCCUGCCUGUUAACUCAUUGAACAUCCCUGCGUGUUAACUCAGUGAACAUCCCUGCGUGUCAACUCAGUGAAAAGCCCUGCGUGUAAGCUCAUUGAACAUCCCUGCCUGUUAACUCAUUGAACAUCCCUGCGUGUUAACUCAGUGAACAUCCCUGCGUGUCAACUCAAUGAACAUCCCUGCCUGUUAACUCAUUGAACAUCCCUGCGUGUUAACUCAGUGAAGAUCCCUGCGUGUCAACUCAGUGAAAAGCCCUGCGUGUAAGCUCAUUGAACAUCCCUGCCUGUUAACUCAUUGAACAUCCCUGCGUGUCAACUCAGUGAACAUCCCUGCCUGUCAACUCAUUGAACAUCAUUACGUGUCAACUCAAUGAAUAACCUGCGUGUCAACUCACUGAACAUGACUUAUUAAAGACUUCAACUAGAAUAAAUUAUGUACAAUGCGAUCUCCUUUAAAAUAACUUCCAAGAUGUUCCACAUUUUACCCAUACGUCUUCAUGUUAUCAACACUUCAACCCUUUACCACACGUCCACACUUUACCCACACAUCCACACUUUACUCACACUUCCAUACUUUAUCCACACGUCCACACUUUCAUCCACACCUCCACACUUUAAUCCACAAAUUCACACUUUAUCCACACCUCCACACUUUACCCACACGUCCACACUUUACCCACUCGUCCACACUUCACUCACACGCCCUCACUUUAGAAGGGAAAAUGAGACAUUUGAACCCCCCCCCCCAACCCUUGACACUUUUUACUCCGAUCUAAACGAAGCUCGGUCCAUUCAUGACAGUGUCCUAUUCCAGGAAGUCAAACUUAAGUUUUAACAAAUAGGCAGUAUAACGACAAAGAUAAACAACGACAAAAAAAAGUCCAUAGUCAAUAAUUGGAGAUAAAUCUCGUGCACUGCAGUGGUGCCACUCGGCGUGAUGGUCCGCUUGAUGACACCAGUCUUCAAUGAAUAAACAUUAUUAAAGAAAAAUUUAAAAGAAGAUAAUGACCAAAGAAUGGCUUCUACUCCGUGGUGCCUCUCAGGCCUGGAGUGGAUAACACUCCGUGCUGCAACGUGGAUGAGUCUUGUCUCUCAGGCCUGGAGCGGCUUCUACUCCGUGGUGCCUCUCAGGCCUGGAGUGGGUAACACUCCGUGGUGCAACGUGGAUCAGUCCUGUCUCUCAGGCCUGGAGUGACUUCUACUCCGUGGUGCAACGUGGAUGAGUCCUGUCUCUACGGUGAUUGCUUAUCACUACUGCACAUAAAGAUAUAAUGUUUCCUUUCAACAACAAGACUAUAAUCCAGUGGCGUAUCUUGACUAAACAGCGCCCCAGGGUGAAGUACCAAAAAAUUGCGCCCUUAAUACAUAUACAUUAGUAAUUUAAAUAAUGUUAUUUAUAAACCCAAUAUUUUGGUCCAGUUGCCCAAGAUAAGAUUAAUACUGCAUUAGACUUAGAGUGUUAUUAUUUAAGUAUUGAUAUAAUUAUGUUAUCAAUUUAUAUAUAUAUAUAUAUAUAUAUAUAUAUAUAUAUAUAUAUAUAUAUAUAUAUAUACUAGAUAGAACCCACCAAACAUUAGCAACAGAAAUGUGUGAACUAAUAUAUAUAUAUAUAUAUAUAUAUAUAUACUAGAUGGAACCCGCCAAACAUUGGCGACAGCAAUGCGUGAACUUCCCAUCUACUAAAGUUACUUGACAAAGACGUGAACUCAAGUAAUGCACAUUUAAAAGAAUCCCAAUAUUUUGCUACACCCCCCCCCCUUUUUUUUUCAUGAUACGUCACUGCACACUUUUUAUUUCACGCCCAUGAACUAUAUUAAUAUUCUCAUGUCCAAACCACUUUUAAACUUUUAAACCGAUUAUUUUUUUACACGAUACUUAAAUUGAGACGAAUGUUACGCACCAAACGCAAUUGCGUUAUUAAUAUAUAUAUAUAUAUUAUAUAUAUAUAUAACAUUUAUAGCUUAGUUAUCGGGAAUUAUAUUUUGCGCGCUAGUGAACUCAUUAUUGAACCACACUCUGGCGUAUCUAUAAAUAGCCUGCGUGGUGUUUGAACCUUGUUGGUGUUUGACCUUUGCUGGCGAAUUAUAUAUAUAUAUAUAUUUUGUAGAAAUCAGAUCAAGUUACAAAUUUGGUGUCAUGAUUACUUUUGUUGCACCUCAUUGAAACAAUUUCUUCAUGUCCGUUCAACACCCCAGGUGUCUUCAUCAUCGCUGGCGUGAUCAUCUGGGGGGCGAAAGCUGACUUGGAGUUGGGCGACGGCUUCGACUUCAGCUUCUCCUUCAUCCUGUGUAUUGUGGCCAGCGUCUUCCUCCUCAACGGCGGGGUCUUCUUCCUGCUGGGCUAUUCGGACACGGUGGAGUCAAUAUAAAAUAGAUGGCUAGGAUCGGGGCUGUGCAACAAAAACCUGCGCCCUAUGGAGGCGUGGGAAGUGGGGGCUGAAUUAAGGUGUACCUCGUUUAAAAAAUAAAUUUAAAUGAUUAAACAAAUAUACCUGAAAAUGGCUAUUUUUGUGCCCUCUGAAGAUAACGCCCUCUUCCCAUGUUACUGGCAAGAAUGCAUUCACAGAUGUGGCUAGUAUCAAAAAGGUAUUCUUUUACGAUGUGGCACAAUUCAUUGUUUUUGUUGUUUAACUAUUUGAUGUUUAGUCUUUAUAAAUAAAUCAUUAUUAAAAUUCU